GUCCUACAAGGGAGUGUGUUCGCCGAGUUACUGAUUGACGAUUAGGCCUACUAGCGAGAUGAUCUAAAACAUAGCCUAACAGAUUACUUUGUGUACGGACCUUAGGCAACGUGAAUGUGAUUCGAUACAAACAUUUGAUGUAGUCGAGUGAUGGCUGAGUGGGUGGAACUUUAGUCGUGAUUAUCGUUGGCCCACUAACAUUAGGCUACCAACCAUGGAUAACGGAGUGCCAUUGAGCUGUAGUAACAUUGCUGAAACACACCCGGGUGGCCUGAGAGUGACGGUGAAAGAAGAAUUUAUAAAAGAGGAGGAAUAUGGUAAUAUAGUUCGAUGUCUAGACGAAGAAAAGCCCAUUGCAGAUCAUGACUAUAAGACUGAAACAACCGUCUCAGAGUCAAACGUAACUUGCGAUGAAACAUGCCUACAGACAACAGCGGAGAUUGACGUGAAGAAAGAAGACGAUGAGCAAGAGCACGGUUAUCUUUGGGAAAGUGCAUCAGAACAUCCACAUGCAACGCAACAGGAGAUCCAUGGACAGAGUGAUGAACUCAACCUGCAACUUGAAGGAAGGCUGCACCACUGCACGGUCUGCAAGAAGAGCUUUGCUGCCCUCCCUGAACUCAAAGAACACCAGCAAACACACUCUGUUAGCGUGAAUGAACAGCAGAACUCUGGUGGCAGAAAGCCCCACAAGUGUGUCCAGUGUGGAAAAGCAUUUCUAAGGUCUGCAGAUCUGAAACGCCACAUGCGCACACAUACUGGAGAGAGGCCUCAUAAAUGUGUCCAGUGUGGAAGAACAUUUGCAAGGUCCACCGUUUUGAAAGUCCACAUGUACACACACACUGGAGUGAAGCCUUAUACAUGUGUGCGAUGUGGAAAUGGGUUUUCACGAAUGUCACGUUUAAAAUCCCAUAUGUUGAAUCACACCGGAGGAGAGAAGCCUCACAAAUGUGCCCAGUGUGGAAUCGCAUUUAUAAGAUCCACAGAUCUGAGACGCCACAUGUUUAAACAUUCGGGAGAGAGGCCUUAUAAAUGUGCCCAGUGUGGAAAAACAUUUGUACGGUCCUCAUGUUUGAAACGCCACACGCUUACACAUACUGGAGAGAAGCCGUAUACGUGUGACCAAUGUGGAAGAGGUUUCUCAGAAAAAGCAUCUCUUAAACAGCAUACACUAUUCCACACUGGACAGAAGCCUCAUAAAUGUACUCACUGUGGAAAAGCAUUUAAAACAUCCACGUGCCUUAGAAUUCACAUGCGUAUACACACUGGAGAGAAGCCUCAUAAAUGUGCCCAGUGUGGACAAGCAUUCGUAACAUCCACAUGCCUUAAACAACACAUUCUCAAACACACUGGGCAGAAGCCUCAUAAAUGUGCCCAGUGUGGGAAAGCAUUCGUAACAUCCACACAACUUAAACUGCACAUGACAUCACAUACUGGCGAGAAAACUCAUGUAUGUUUCCAGUGUGGAAAAGCUUUUCCACAAAUUCAGCACCUUAAAAGACAUAUGCUAACUCACACUGGAGAGAAGCCUCACAAAUGUGCUCAGUGUGGAAUCGCAUUUAUAAGAUCCACAGAUCUUAGACGCCACAUGUUUAAACAUUCGGGAGAGAGGCCUUAUAAAUGUGCCCAGUGUGGAAAAACAUUUGUACGGUCCUCAUGUUUGAAACGCCACAUGCGCACACAUACUGGAGAGAAGCCUUAUACGUGUGACCAAUGUGGAAAAGGUUUCUCAGAAAAAGCAUCUCUUAAACAGCAUACACUAUUGCACACUGGACAGAAGCCUCAUAAAUGUGCCCAGUGUGGAAAAGCAUAUCCAUCAUCCACAUCCCUUAGAAACCACACGCGUAUAGUACACACUAGAGAGAAGCCUCAUAAAUGUGCCCAGUGUGGAAAAGCAUAUCCAUCAUCCACAUCCCUUAGAAACCACACGCGUAUAGUACACACUAGAGAGAAGCCUCAUAAAUGUGCCCAGUGUGGAAAAGCUUUUACAACGUCCACACAACUUAAACAGCACAUGCGCACACAUGCUGGAGAGAAGCCUCAUACAUGUUGCCACUGUGGAAAAGGUUUCUUAGAAAAAUCAUCUCUUAAACGGCAUAUACUAUUACACACUGGAGAGAAGCCUCAUAAAUGUGCCCAGUGUGGAAAAGCUUUUAUAACCUCCACACAACUUAAACUUCACAUGUGCACACAUACUGGAGAGAAGCCUCAUGUGCCCAGUGUGGAAAAGGUUUCUCAGAAAAAUCAUCUCUUAAACAGCAUACACUAUUACACGGUCGAGAAAAGCUAUUAACAUUUAAGCAUUUUAAAAUCUAAGCUGCAGAGCUACCGCAAUAGAAUGACAUUUAAGCUACAGAGCUGCACACUCUUGUCUAUUCCACACACACACACACACACACUCUCUCUCUCCUGUAUUUUAUUCCACACACGACCAGGAGGAGCCUUUUCUGAUUUUUGGUCUCUCUCCAUCUCUCUCUCUCUCUCUCUCUCUCUCUCCCUCUCUCCAUCUCUCUCUCUCUCUCUCUCUCUCUCUCUCUCUUCUUCUCUUCCUCUGUCUUUAUUUCUUACUUUGUUUUCAUUUCAUUGCAUCAAUGCAUUUAGGCUACAGAGCUGCACACACACCUCUCUUCUAUUCCACACACACCUCUCUUCUUUUACACACACACACAAAC